AUGUCGUGGAGGAGCAAUGCGCAGCGGACGGGCAUGAACGCCCAACCACUUCAAGGUGCAAGGCGCUGGGGUGGCGGAGGCGGUGGCAGUGACGGGCCGAGCGAUGCUCCGUCCGGAUAUGGGCCCCCGUUCGACCACUACCAACAGCCGCGUCCCUACCAGUCUUCAUACCAGCAACAGCAGCAAUCACACCCAUACUCUGCAGCACCGCCCUCGUCAUCUUCCAAUAACCCAAGAGACGCCGCAUUAGCAGCUGCGGCAGCCGUCGCUGCCUCCAUCGGCAUCAAACGCGACCGCGAUGCUGGUGGCCCACCCUCCACGUCCUAUGCAGCCCCUUCCUCUUCCGCCUCAGCUGCCAACGACGCUUCCGGCGCAGAUGGUGGGCCACGCAAACGCAAAUCCCGAUGGGGCGAUGCCAACGACAAGCUCACCAUCCCCACCGCCAUCGGCGCCAAUGUCUCGGCCCAGGAACUAGACAAGUACGCCAUUCAAGUGCGUCUCGACGAAAUCGCGCGCAAACUCCGCUCCGGCGACUUCAUUCCUCCCGACCGCGAACGCUCUCCCUCGCCUCCUCCUACCUACGACAACCAAGGUCGCCGUACCAACACCCGCGAAGUGCGCUACCGAAAGAAACUCGAAGACGAACGUGUCGCCCUGGUCGACCGUCAACUCAAGCUCGACCCCAACUUCCGUCCUCCCUCGGACUACCAUGCGAUCAAACGCAACCAGCGUCCCACCGAAAAAGUCUACUUGCCCAUCAAGGAAUUUCCCGAGAUCAACUUUUUUGGCCUGCUCGUUGGUCCACGAGGCAACACGCUCAAGACUAUGGAGCGUCAGAGCGGCGCCAAGAUCUCCAUCCGCGGCAAAGGCUCGGUCAAGGACGGUAAAGGCAAAGGCGGGGACGAGGAUGAAGAAGAGAUGCACUGUGUGGUGGCAGCCGACGACGAAGCCGCGGUGAAGAAAUGCAUCAGGCUUAUCAACCAGGUCAUCGAAACUGCCGCCUCUACACCCGAAGGCGAGAAUGACCACAAGCGGAACCAGCUCCGCGAACUUGCGGCAUUGAACGGUACCCUGCGCGACGACGAGAACCAGCUCUGCAAGAACUGCGGCAACAAGGGGCAUCGUGCCUUUGAGUGCCCCGAACAACGCAACUGGACUGCACACAUUAUUUGUCAUCGCUGCGGAGGUCAAGGGCAUCUCGCUAGGGAUUGCACACAAGGUCGAGUAGGCAGCUUUGGUGCCGGGCCGAAUGGACCUGGUGGACCAGGAGCUCCGGCGGCAGCAGGCACGGGCAAUCGACAGUUCGAUUCGGAGUAUGCCAAUUUGAUGGCUGAGCUCGGCGAACCUGCUGCAGCCGGCGCUGGUGGUGCACCCAACAGCACGCCAGGAGCAGUCAACGAUGCCAGUGUCGCAGGCGGAGCAGCAGUCGGCCCGGACGGUAAGAAGAUUCCACCAUGGAGGAACCCCGAAGUGUGGACGCAGCCUGGUUUUGGCGCUCCACGCGGUGGUGACGGCGGCGGACGCGGAGGCUGGGGUCAUCGUGGAGGCUACAACAACCGCGGCGAUCAUCCCAACGUUGGUGGAUACAACAAUGCACCCCACCAUCAACAGCAGGGCCACCCUUACCACCAGCAGCACCAGCAGGCGUAUGGAGGAUACGAACAAUCCGCCACUCCAGCCACAGCUGGCGAACAGGGCGGCGCCGAACAACAAGACUACUCGGCAGAAUGGGCAGCUUACUACGCGGCACAAGCUGCCGCUGGAGCGCAGACUGAUGCCAGCACAGCUGCUGCUGCGACGGCGACCGCCGGGGCCGAUGGAGCAGCAGCGGGCCAAGUAGAUUACACAAAGGAGUGGGAGGAGUACUAUCGAAUGCAGGCGGCGGCGGCGGCUCAGGAUGGCGGUGCUUACGGUGGUGCAGCUGGCCAGUAG